ACACCAAGGUGGGCGAGACUUUGAGGCAUGUCAUCCCAGGACAUAUGCAGUGCUCCAUGGCAUGUGGUGGUCGAGCGUGCAAAUACGAAAACCCCUCUCGCUGGAGCGACAAAGAACAAGCCAUCAAAGGACUGUACUCCUCCUGGAUAACUGAUAAUCUGUUAGCUAUGGCAAGACCUUCAACUGAAAUCAUUGAAAAAUUCAACGUCAUCGAACAGUUUCAUGCGUGUGGCUUAAAGACAAUAAUCAACCUGCAGCGUCCAGGGGAACAUGCCAGCUGCGGCAGCACUCUGGAGCCAGAGAGCGGUUUCACCUAUCGCCCAGAGGUUUUCAUGGAGGCGGGGAGUGAGUAAAUCACACAUGCACACAGACAUGCAUCUCUUCCUCUCUCAGUAGUCAGGGGAA